AUCCCGGCUGAAUAAAGGAGCAGAGACCGAAAGAGGAGAGAGACCCCGCCCCCCUCGAGAAGAGAAGCCGCAGCCCCUGCGGGACAGGGGCUUAGGUCGCUAUGGGUUCCACAGCGGCCCCAGAGGGAGCUCUGGGCUACGUCCGAGAGUUCACCCGCCACUCCUCCGACGUGCUUAGCAAUCUGAAUGAGCUGCGCCUGCGCGGGAUCCUCACUGACGUCACGCUGCUGGUUGGCGGGCAACCCCUAAGAGCGCACAAGGCAGUUCUUAUCGCUUGCAGUGGCUUCUUCUAUUCAAUUUUCCGGGGCCGAGCGGGACUCGGGGUGGAUGUACUCUCUCUGCCGGGGGGGCCAGAAGCCAGAGGCUUUGCUCCUCUUCUGGACUUCAUGUAUACUUCAAGGCUUCGCCUCUCUCCAGCCACUGCCCCAGCUGUCCUCGCAGCUGCCACCUAUUUGCAGAUGGAACACGUAGUCCAGGCGUGUCACCGUUUCAUCCAAGCCAGCUAUGAACCUCUAGGCAUCUCCUUGCGACCUGUGGAGGUAGAACCCCCAAGACCCCCAACAGUCGCUCCACCAGGCAGUCCCAGGCGCUCAGAAGGACACCCAGACCCACCUACUGAGUCUCGAAGCUGCAGUCAAGGUUCCCCAAGUCCAGCCAGCCCAGACCCCAAGGCCUGCAACUGGAAAAAAUACAAAUUUAUUGUGCUAAAUUCUCAGACCUCACAAGCAGGAAGCCUGGUUGGGGAGAGUUCAGGUCAACCUUGUCCCCAGGCCAGGCUCCCUAGUGGAGAUGAAGCCUGUAGCAGCAGCAGCAGCAGUGAAGAAGGAACCACGCCUGGUCUCCAAAGCAGACUAUCUCUAGCUACUACCACUGCACGAUUCAAGUGUGGAGCUCUAGCAAAUAACUCCUACCUCUUCACACCCCGGGCUCAAGAGACUUCUCUGCCAGCUUCUAAGCAGGCUAAUCCACCGCCAGGAAGUGAGUUUUUCAGCUGCCAGAACUGUGAGGCUGUGGCUGGGUGCUCAUCGGGGCUGGAGCUCUUAGCUCCAGGGGACGAGGACAAGCCCUAUAAAUGCCAGCUGUGCCGAUCUGCCUUCCGUUAUAAGGGCAACUUGGCUAGUCACCGCACGGUGCACACAGGGGAAAAGCCCUACCGCUGCUCCAUCUGCGGAGCACGUUUUAACCGACCUGCUAACCUAAAAACACACAGCCGCAUCCAUUCCGGAGAGAAACCGUACAAGUGUGAGACCUGCGGCUCGCGUUUUGUUCAGGUGGCACACCUACGCGCACACGUGCUCAUCCACACCGGAGAGAAGCCCUAUCCGUGUCCCACCUGCGGAACCCGCUUCCGCCAUCUACAGACCCUCAAAAGCCACGUUCGCAUCCACACCGGGGAGAAGCCAUACCACUGUGACCCCUGCGGCCUGCAUUUUCGGCACAAGAGUCAACUGCGGCUGCAUCUGCGUCAGAAACACGGGGCAGCUACCAACACUAAAGUGCGCUACCACAUCCUCGGGGGACCAUAGCUGAGUUCCCCCCCACCCCCAGCCAAACUUCGCUCCCUAGGGGCAGUGAAAGCUGUAGGCUCAGGCUUGAUUUCCCUGAUGGUCCUGAUAUGGGGGUGUGCCGGGUUACCCUGGUAUUAGAAACUGCUGACACCUUAAUUUUGUACUGGGGAAGAGCGGGAGGUGGCAGAUCCUGGCUAGAUCUGCCUCUGUUUUGCUGGUCAAAACCUCUUCCUCAUAAUCCAGAUUGGGUAGCUAGGGGCUUGGGGGGUUGGGGGGGACUUGCUCUCUUUAAGGGAACUUCCCCCUCCAUUUCAAAUGGUUUAUCUGUAAAUAUAAUUUAUUGAGGCCUGUAGUUGGUACCAGGGCCUUUAUUCUGUUUGCAUUUCCGACUUUCUUCUUCCACAAGUGUGAUCAAAAAAGACUGGAAACACAGAAGGGGAGGGCACCACUCUGCUGGCAGAGAUACCUAGUGCUUGGCUCUCUCCUUUGGCUUGAGUGUCUUACAUUGUUUUGUUUUGUUUUUUCCCCCCCCUUUUCCUUUCUAACUUUUCUUUCUGGAAUUGUCCUGUCUUUCCCUCCCUUUGUUUGCUUGUUGGUUUCUCUCCAGUUCUAGAACUGGAUCCUUUAGUUUUCCUGGGCUUAGCCCUGAGAAUAUCGAAGGUUGGGUAAUUUUGGUAUUUUGGAUGAUGAAAGCCCUGUAGCAGGCCAGACAUGGAAAGAAACCUUUCAGCUUUUUGAGGGUGAUGGGAACCUUUUGUAAUGAACCCAAAAUGUAGAUAAUAAACUCCCCCUGAAGGCUGGGAAGGUGGGAGCCAGAGCCCGCAUCUUCCUAAAUGGAGGUGAGUUGUCUCCACCAAGGAGGCCCAGCAUCAACGGUUUGCCUGGGUUCGAAUGCACUAAGUUCAUCCAUCAGACCAAGCUUGCCUAAGGGUUUGUAUUAAACCCAUAAUCCUCUCACCGGGCCUGACUUAGUAUCUCCUGAAGAUCCUUACUAGAGACUACAGGACCGUUUCUUAUCUGUCUGGGUUCUGAGAAUGCUAUGACCUAGAGAGAAUUAAUGGCAUUCCUUGACUCGGAGUCUGAGUCCUUUACUGCAUGAACAGCUGGGUUUGAAUGUCCCUUGGCCCUCCUUCUUUGAAUGUGUUUUUUGUUUGUUUGUUUGUUUUGUGUUUGGACAGCUUCUGGCAAGUGUCCAGAUUCCAAAACGUUCAUCUUUCAUGGGUGCUUGGUAGCUUUCUUAACUUAGAAAAUCUGGGUCUGAGACUCAGACUACCCAACAUUCCAUUCCUGUCUGGGACCAGUGAAUGUACUAGGACUUUACACCGGAAGAAAAGAGGGCUGCCUUCAAUGCUGCAUUUGUUGUCAUUGGGGAUUGUUGCUGGGAUUAUAUACUUAAAAGCCUUUGAUGGAUUGGCCAAAGGCCCCUUCCACUUGAACAAGUUACCAGAGAGUGUUACAAGGUUGGUGAGGGCUGCAUUUUCUGGUGUGGAACAUGGUAGAUAAAGAUGUUAGGGAUGGAGUUUCAUGGUUAGACGGAGUGUCUGGAAUGUUAGUAUUUGGGAGCCUCGAUGUACAGUCCUGCUCCUGCUGCCCUGGGACCUAUUUGAUUAUAGUACUUGGGUAAACGGUAAAACGACUUAAAUUUAUAGGACAGAGACUCCUGAAUGAAGGUGGUCCCUGUGGCCAGCAGCUGGGGACAGGUGAGAAAGCCAUUCAUUCUUCCUGUUCCCAUCUAACUGCCCUAUCACCUGAAUGCAGACUUGAACUGUGUGUGGGCUGGGGGCGCCGACAGAGGAGACAUGAGAAGGUGGUUUGAUUUCUGUUUAGCAGACUGGCUGGGCACGUGGGAAGCGCCAGGGUGAGAUGUUAGAUGCUGCAAGAUCAGAUUCUUGGAAUAAAGAAGCCCUUCUUUGUGCCA